AUGACAAGACACAGUAUUGAUCCAAGUUUUUUGAAUACAUCAGAAGAUAAGCUGUCAUGCAUCGAAUUAGACUUUUCGGAAGAAAGGGUUUCAUUUAUCGAGAGUAUACUAAUAGAGAAAAGUGAAACAACGUCUAUAACAUUCACCGAAGACAUUUCAAAUUUACGUAAAGUUACUGACAAAAUUCCAACAGCAUGUCGAGUUGUAAUAUUUUGCGAAUUUUGCGAUCGAUUCACACUUUUUGGAAUAAUGGCCAUACUCCAAAAUUAUAUUCAGUUUCCUUUACCCACUAAUGGUAGUCAACAACCAGGCGUUAUGGGUAAAGGGGAAAAAGUCGCAACAGCAUUAACACUAUUUUUCAGUUUUAUAACUUACUCAACAUUGAUAGUUGGCGCAGUGAUUGCCGAUGUCUAUUGGGGAAAAUACAAGACGAUAAUUGUAUUUGGAAUUAUUUAUGCUUUAGGACCAUUCAUCCUAACAAUAACCUCAAUUCCUCAGCUACUAGACACCAGUGCACCAUUCGUGGGCUUAAUUGUUGCCAUUUUGUUGAUGGGACUUGGACGUGGGGGUGUAAAGUCCAAUUAUACGGUAGCGGCUGCAGAGCAAUAUCCUCAUAAAGAACCAUACAUAAAAACAUUGGAAACUGGGGAAAGAGUCAUAGUCGAUCCAGAAAUAACUAUUCAAUCGAUCUUUAAUUGGCUAUAUGUGCUGACAAGUCUCGGAAUGCUUUCACCAUUUAUUACAACUCCCGUAGAGAAAUUUCAUUCUUUUUGGCUGGCGUAUUUAAUAUGUUUUGUGGUUUUCCUUCUUUCGAACUUGGUUUUCUAUUUUAAAAACAAAGAAUUCAACAAAAUUCCUCCUAAUGGAUCCAUAUUUGUCGAUGCCUUCAAAAUAUUUUCGAUUACUUUGAGAAGUCAAUCACGUAGUUUGGAUUCGGCAAAACCGUCAAAUAUGAAUACCGCUCAGUUAAGUGAGUACCAUGUAAAGUGGGAUGACAAUUUUGUGGAUGAUCUGAAAAAAGGGUUGCAAGCCUGUAGUCUCUUCUUGUUUUAUCCGACCUACUGGGCAGCAUGGAGUCAAUCACGUACAAAUAUGAUUUCUCAAGGGGCGACGAUGCGAUCCGAGAAUAUGCCAAACGAUUUAAUGACCAAUAUCGUUCCGUUGGCGGCGGGCAUUGUUUCUAUUAUUGUGGAUAAACUCUUUUAUCCAACACUGCGUAAACACGGCGUAUCACUUUUACCAACUUCUAAAAUAUUUAUUGGAUUUGUUUUUAUGGCUUUGGCAAUGGUGUAUUGUGCAGUGCUUCAAUUGUUUAUAUAUAGAACAGGUCCAUGUUAUGAACACACACUUUGUAUUAUUGAUGGUAAAAUGGUUCCAAAUGACAUUAGUAUUUGGUGGCAAACACCUGGUUAUUUUAUGAUCGCGGUUUCUGAAGUUUUCGUCUACAUAACUGCACUUGAAUAUGCAUAUCAUAAGGCACCGAAGUCGAUGGAGUCAAUCGUCACCGCUUUGUUCUUUACAACUGAUGGUGUUGGAUCAGCCUUAGGACUCAUCAUGGUGCCAUUUUCGCAUGAUCCUUAUACAAUCUACGCUUAUAUAACUAUGUCGGUAAUAACUUGCGUCGCCGGAACAUUAUUAGUAAUGCUGUUUCGUAGAUAUGAUAUUGAGUCAUCUUCUGCUGUGAAAAACAAUUCAGCAACUGAGGGUUGCACAUUUUUGUAA